UUUAUUUAUUGUUGCUUAAUAUGAUAAAUCUUGGGUGCUUGUCUUAAUCAGGUAUUGAUUUAUUUAUUUUUGGGCUGAUUUGUGGUGGAGAAUAGUCAAUAAUAAUACUUGGGUCACUCUGAUUCGGAAAACAGUGCAUCUGGGAUUCAACAAAAAAAUUUUGAUCUCGAGGCAGUGAUGAAAACCAAUAGAGGAAAGCGCUCGGAGGCUUUUUGGCCUUCCCUUGUGAUGAAAAAAUGGUUAAAUAUACAGCCUAAGGUGUAUGAAUUUAGUGAGGAUGAGGUUGACACUGAAACCGAAAGCGAAGAUGAUGCUUGCUCUCUAAAAGAUGCGAGAAUGCACGACUUUGAGGGUCAUGCCAGUAGGAUGCAAAGGAACCAAACUGUGUCAAGUCAACCUUCAGAUACAGUCUCUAAGGGAUAUCAGUCAAGGCACAGGAGAGGAAAGUCGGAAACCCUGCGUGUCCAGUAUAUAAACACAAAGGAUCUGAGGGUGACAAUUGGCAGUUGGAAUGUUGCAGGAAGAAUUCCAGGAGAAGAUCUUGAUAUCGAAGAUUGGCUUUGCACUGAAGAACCAGCAGAUAUUUACAUUAUUGGAUUCCAAGAAGUAGUUCCUUUGAAUGCUGGGAAUGUGCUGGGAGCUGAAGAUAGCAAACCGAUUCCAAAGUGGGAGGCAAUCAUUAGAAAAACGCUGAACAAAUCCUCGGAACCUGGUAUUAUACACAAAAGUUUUAGCGCCCCUCCAUCUCCUGUAAUGAGGACAUCUUCAGUUGCUGAUGUACUUGCAGAUGAGAUUGAUGCACAUCCAUUAGAUUUAGUGACCAAUGAAUAUGAUGAUGGGUUUGGCUUGGAAGGAGAAGAAAUUAAAAGGGCAGUUGGUAAUGGGAAGAACUUGCGGUUGAAGCGAAUAUACGGGAUUGAUUGUGAUAGUAGAUUAGACUGGCCCGAACAUUCACUAGAUGCAACCCCUCAAGUUAUCUCCUCCAACUCGAAGCUGCGGAGAGUACUGAGCAGUUGUGCAAGAAUUGGCUUUAAUUCUUUGGACAAUCCUCCUAUGUUCACUCUUCCACUAAAUAAUGCUAGUGGGUUGAAAAGAUCACAUCACAGCUCUGGAAACCUUGGCUUGAUGUGGAUGAAGAAACAGGAGGACCCCGGAGUUCUUGACCCCCUACCAGACGUGUCCAACAUUCCCUCUGAGGGAGAAGAAGAAGACGACACUUUUGAUGAAAUUCCAGAUGACCAAUUUGCUAACGAAUUUAUCAAGACUGUGAAGUCGCGUCCUAGAUACGUGAGGAUUGUCAGCAAGCAGAUGGUAGGGAUAUAUGUCUCGGUCUGGGUGCGUAAGAGGUUGAGGAGGCACAUAAACAAUUUGAAAGUUUUUCCUGUUGGCAUUGGCCUAAUGGGCUACAUGGGAAACAAGGGAUCCGUUUCGGUAAGCAUGUCUCUUUUUCAAUCACGGUUGUGCUUUGUUUGUUCACAUUUGACCUCUGGUCAGAAGGAGCGGGCCGAACAGAAGCGUAACUCAGAUGUGUAUGAAAUUAUACGACGUACCCGUUUCUCAUCGGUUGUAUGUGAUCAACCACAAACAAUUCCAUCACACGAUCAAAUAUUCUGGUUUGGAGACUUAAAUUAUCGCCUCAAUAUGUUGGACGAAGAUGUAAGGAAGCUCAUUUCUCUGAAACGAUGGGAUGAACUUAUAAAGAAUGAUCAGCUAAGCAAGGAACUUCGCAGUGGGCAUGUAUUUGAGGGAUGGAAAGAGGGGCUCAUUGACUUUCCACCCACCUACAAGUAUGAAAUCAACUCUGAUAGAUAUGUUGGCGAGAACCCGAAAGAGGGAGAGAAGAAGAGGUCUCCAGCCUGGUGUGACAGGAUACUAUGGCUUGGAAAAGGUAUAAAACAACUUUCCUAUAGACGGACGGAAUUGAGGCUCUCAGAUCAUCGGCCGGUCAGUUCGGACUUCCUGGUUGAAGUUGAAGUCUUGGAUCAUAGGAAGCUACAAAGGGCUCUCAAUGUCAAUACUGCAGCCGUACAUCCCGAGAUUUUCCCAGAUGAAGACAUGGACUCCGAAUAUUAGAAGAGACCAGUUCACGGUGGUUCUGCUUAAGAAAUACAUCUGCAGAUUUAUAACUCGAACACGGAGCUUGCUCUUCUUGUAACGCGGAUUUCGUUCUGAAGCAGGUUCGUCGGGAAUUACACUGACAAAAGUUGGAGGACUGGUAUGUUUUCUGGACAAUGCAUUUCAAGAUGCUGCCCAUCAGGUACCAUGGCCACAAGACCAGCACGCAGAUUAGAGCUAGGAUAAGAAUCAGUUUCUGAACCUGACUGUGUGAGUUAUACUAUAACUGUACAAGGAUUUUGUCAAUGAGAAUAAGGUGUGAAUGUAUAUAGGAAGCCAAAAAGUUCUAUUUUAAUACAGAGAGCUAAAAGUAGUUGUGUUCUUAAUUGGGUUAUAGUGGUUUUGGAUUUAGGUACAUCCAUUAUUG